GGAAACUCACUGCAACAACUUUUUACGCAUGCUCAAUGCAGUUUGAACCACCACCACCAAGGCUGUUCAUGAUGGCUGCGGACAGUGCCUUGUUAGUGGGCUUGGUAGAAGAAUUUGUAUCGGGACAACAGGACAGCAAGGCAGCAGACACAGCCACAGGGAUCAAAGCUGGGAAGUUCACAAUACUACAGUUGGUGGAAGCAUUGGGACUAAGUCUGACCAGCUCCCAGCCCCAGACACGAGCACGAGCAGUCCAGCUCCUCUCCCAGGUCCUGCAGGAGUGCUAUGCAGACCUCUCAGAGCAGGAAGUGGAGGUUCUUAUAGCCUUCUACGAGAAUAGACUGAAGGACCACUAUGUCAUCACACCGCAUGCCCUACAGGGACUGAAAGCACUGACCAAAUGUACAGUGCUGCCUCCCGGGUCUGCAGUGUCUAUGCUGAAGUCCCUGUUUCAGGACGUUCAUGUGCAGUCUCUGAUGCUGGCUGAGAGAGCUCAUGUCUACAACAUGCUUAUCAACCUCAUGGGAUCCAGAGAAGAAGAGUUGAAAGGUUUGGGGGCAGACUUUGUAUUUGGAUUCGUCCAAUCAAUGGAUGGGGAAAGGGACCCACGUAACCUCCUGCUAGCCUUUCAGAUUGCCCGGAAUAUCAUCCACAGGAAUUACGAUAUGGGUAAAUUCACAGAGGAGCUGUUUGAAGUGACGUCCUGCUACUUCCCCAUUGACUUCAGCCCUCCUCCCAACGACCCCCAUGGUAUCACCAAGGAGGAGCUGAUUUUGACCUUGAGGGCGGUGCUGACCGGGACCCCCAGCUUUGCAGAGUUCCUGUUGCCCCUGAUCAUCGAGAAGCUGGACUCGGACGUUCAGAGUGCCAAACUGGACUCCUUACAGACUCUGAGCGCCUGUGCGUCUGUGUAUGAAUAUAAGGAUCUGGCAGAGUUCCUCCCAGGGCUGUGGGCCUCGCUACGCAGAGAGGUGUUCCAGACAGCCAGUGAGAGAGUGGAGUCCACCGGCCUAUCGGCUCUCAGUGCUCUGACCUCCUGUCUGUCUCGCUCCGUCCUCAACUCUGACUCGGAAGACUCCCUCAAUGUCUUUCUGGACCAGGUCAUCAAAGAUUGCGAGCACCACCUGAGUGAGCCGGACCUCAAGCUGGUGUGGCCCAGUGCCAAGCUGCUGCAGGCUGCCUCUAGCGCCUCCUACAGGGCCAGCUACAGGGUGGCCGCCGCCGUCAUGCCCUCCCUCAUCGAGCAGUACAACAACCGCACCCAGUGCGCUCAUAGGCGCACCCUGCUAGAGGUGCUACAGGGCUUUGUCCAGCCGUCCAAGAUUGGCCAGUCAAACAUGGAAGAUGAGAGUGUACUGAGUGACUUCCGUGCGUCUCUCUGCAGUGUAGUGUUCUCAGCGCUGACAGAGAGCAACGCAGGGCUCCAGGUCACGGCCACACGCGUGCUCACUGCACUGGCCCAGCACACAGGUCUGUUGCAGCAGGCGGACGUGGAGCAGGCUGUAGCUCACCUGACCAGGCUUGUUCUGGAGGAAGCUGAUGCCACAGUCAGUGUAGCUGUGCUGGACUGUGCAGGAUCCUUAGCCAAGCUACACCCUGCUGCCUUCAUCACCAACAUGGUGCCUCAUCUAAAGGACCAGAUAUUUACAGAGCCCAUGGCCCUAGGUGAUGGCUCCACUCUGUUCCAGGAGCCAUCCCAGCAUGCAGUGCGUCAGCGGUGUGUCUCAGCGCUGGCAGCGGUGUCGUCUCAGCCCAGUGUGGUCCAGGAGAGCACCCCAGUCCUGCUGCAGGUUCUAAGCUCCGCACACACAGGCUGUGGCUGUUUCUCGUCAGAGGAGGUGGUGUCUGUGUGUCACAGUCUGCAGAGCAUAGCAGAGCAGGCACAGGACACAGAGGAGACCAGUCACAUCUUCCAUGACAUCAUCAUUCCGCGCCUGCUGGGACUGGCCUUGCAAGCAGCCCUGCAAGGUGAAGGGCAUGCUGGUCCUCGUAGUCCUCUGGUGGAGGAGUCUAUUAUUUCAGCAAUGGUCCCUGUCAUUAGCACCACCUGUGCCAGGCUACAGCCCACACUGGCCAGUCAGACUGCGUCCAGGGCAGUAUCUCUCUUCCUGGAUGGGGACGUCUCCUUCCUGCCUGACAAAGCCUUUCCUGACCACAUCCAGCUCCUCAAGAAACAGAGCCAGUAUUGGAGCCAGUCCCAGAUGGUGUGUCUACUCAUGGCCUGUGUCUGCUCUCUGCCCAGGAGUGUGGAGGUGCCCCAGAUGGACAGACUGCUGGCUGAGCUGGAGGAGCUGAGCUGUAGCAACAGUCACCCUCUGUCUUACACCUCUGCUGCCAAGUGCUACGCGGGCCUAGUCAACAAAGCCCCCCCAGGUGACUCCCUGGAGUCGUUGAUAGAGAGGACCAUGAAGAGAGUGUGUUCAGAGCUGGACUCCCCCUCCUCUCCUCAGCUCACCCAGGCUCUCACUCUGCUGCUGUGGGUGGCCAAGGCUCUGCUGCUGAGAUACCACCCUCUGUCAACCACCCUGACGGACAAGCUCUUCUCCCUGCUCAGUGACUCUGAGCUGGGGACCUCGGCGGCCGACGGCUUCUCUCUCCUCAUGAGUGACUCGGUGGACGUUCUGAACCGCGGGUGCCACGCGGACGUGCGCAUCAUGUACCGCCAGCGCUUCUUCACCGAGAACUCUGCCAAGCUGGUCCAGGGCUUCAACUCUGCCCCACCAGAGAAGAAGUCUUGCUAUCUGAAGGCUCUGUCCCACAUCGUCAACAACCUGCCCAGACAGGUCCAGCUCUCAGAGCUUCCUGCGCUCCUGCCCCUGCUGCUGGAGGCCCUGUCGUGUCCUGACCAGGGCGUCCAGCUGUCCACCCUGUCCUGCCUGCAGCCUGUCCUCCUCGACCCCCCCUCUGCCCUGAUCACCCAGCUGGAGGCUCUGGUCUCACGCCUGCUGGCCCUCACCUCCAGCCCGGCCAUGAAAGUGCGUAUCGCCUCACUGCGGUGUGUCCAUGCCGUCUCCCGCUUCCCCGAACACGAGGUGAUGCCAUUCCGUACCAGGGUGCUUCGUGCCCUCGCUGCCCCCCUUGGUGACAAUAAGAGGCUGGUCAGAAGCGAGGCUGUGAAGGCCCGUGGAGAGUGGUUCUUACUGGGAAGUCCAGGGGGCAGGUGAAUGACCUUUCCCCUCCAGCCCACCAGACACACCCCAACCACAUCCAAAGGUGGUGGGGAGGGAGAGACGGCCUGUGUCCAAGCUGGGUGGCCCGGGAACUAGACUCAAGACCCUAGGCAACAUGGCCCUCUCUGGAUCCUCACCCCACCACCACCUCUAAUCCCUCCAACUCACACCCCCGCCACAAGCUUCUCCACAUCUAAUUUUUGGACUGCUUCUACCCUGACAAACGCACAAACGUGAGAGGAGUUCCACUGACCAAGAGCCUGGAGUCCAGGAGAGCUGGCCCUCAUGGCACCUUCAGAUAGGAAUGUGCUGCCUAGAUUGUAUAUAUGAGUGUCUGUGAUGUAGACUAGAGGUGUCACGUGUGCUCUAUGCAUCGCAUAUCUGUCUGGAGUGCCGUGAGGGUCUGACCUCGGUGAGCUCUGAUUGGCCUGGACCUGCAGGACGGCAUGAUGGCCAGCUCGACCUCAGACUAGGAGCUGCACUGAACCAAGCAGAGCACUGACACUGACCCAGCAGCUUCUCUUCGGGGAAAGGGCAGGAUUGGGCGUCAUUUAGGUAAAUGUGUGUUUAAAGG